UCCAUCCCAAAUUUCUCGAUGAUGAGUUCGAACUGUCGAUCUCUUCAGACCUGUCUCCACACAUUCCAGAGCAUUUUCUACGUUUGCAUUCCUCUUGAACACAUCUAAUUUUUCUACAAUACUCUCGGAAACCCCUACCCUCGCCCUGACGUCUGCCCUCUGCUCUUUCCAUACAUGACAUUGGAACACGCCGCGCAUCCUCGAAAUUUUCGAGAAGACAGCACACAAUUCAAGCAGACCCUUCCGACACAGCCGCGAGGAAUUGGGAAUGUGUUAUCGCAGAAUAAGUCCGAUGGUGCCCCGGUAGCAGCGGGUGGCUCGCCGUUUGAAAAGUCAUGGGCGCAUUUCAUCGCUGGAGGUCUAGGUGGUAUGGCCUCCGCAACCCUCACCGCCCCGCUCGACGUCCUUAAGACCCGCCUUCAAUCAACCUACUACCAACAACACCUCGUCGCGGCCCGCGCUGCUCGCGGUCUCCCACCCAUCGAAACGAUGUCCCUAGCCCGCAGCUCGUUCCUCCACAUUCGCGAAACCGGCGAGAUAUUAUGGCAGGUUCCGAAAGCGGAGGGCUGGAGAGCGCUCUUCAAAGGCCUCGGUCCGAAUCUGAUUGGUGUGGUGCCCGCGCGGGCCAUAAACUUCUAUACGUACGGAAAUGGGAAGAGGAUAAUUAGCAACUACUUUAAUGGCGGGAAUGAAGCGGCCUGGGUGCAUUUAUGCGCGGCUGCGUGUGCGGGAGUGGUGACCGGGACAGCGACGAAUCCGGUCUGGCUGGUCAAGACGCGGUUGCAGCUGGACAAAAGUAUUCAUGCGGAUGGCCGGAGUCGGCAGUAUAAGAAUGCGUUGGACUGCACCAUGCAGACGUUGAGGAAUGAAGGGAUCCCGGGGUUGUAUCGGGGGUUGACUGCAAGUUAUCUGGGCGUUACGGAGAGUACGUUACAGUGGAUGUUGUAUGAACAGAUGAAGCUGGCUCUGGCGAACCGGGAGGAAAGAAGGGUGCAUAGUGGGCGAGCGCCAACCGUCUGGGACCAGACAAUUGCGUGGACUGGGAAGAUUACGGCGGCGGGAUCGGCGAAGUUUAUUGCGGCUUUGCUAACGUAUCCGCAUGAGGUCGUCCGUACACGCUUACGACAAGCCCCCAUGGAAAAUGGACACCUCAAAUAUACUAGCCUAGCCCAAUGCUUCCGGCUAAUCUUCAAAGAAGAAGGUAUGGUAGCUCUCUACGGCGGCCUUGUUCCACAUAUGCUUCGAGUCGUCCCUAGCGCUGCUAUCAUGUUCGGAACUUACGAGGGAGUGUUGAAGCUGCUUGGAACAAGCAGCAACAUGUAAUCCUACCUCCUUUCUACUUCCUUUCUACUUUCUCCUUUCCCAUUCGGAAGGCUGUUCUGUAUCAAUAUUAUUGCUAGAGGGAUUGGGAUUAGCACGGGGCGCUUAGGUUCGUUGGCUGGUUCGGUUCUGUAGUCCCGGCUCAAAACUCUUCUCUUUUCGUGUGGUGUACGAUAGUUGAAUGGUGCUAUGGAACGUCAUGACGCUGUAUUAAAGUUUUAUUGGAGGCUACACGGCUGGGGUGCUGAGGUGUACUGUAGGGAAGCCAAUGGGAAACGGGGGUUGAGUUUCUUGGGAUGGAUAUUGGAUGAACUCGACCCUCUGGUGUACAUUUGAAAUAU